ACUGUAUAAACCAAUCAAUUCUUUAUUCAACUGGGAUAGAAUUAAUUCUUUUAUUUGUUUAGUCGGACAACAAAAUGGCACUUCGUUUACCUCUUCGAACUCGCCCUGCACCGCUCAUCGCAGGACUCACGGUUGGAGCAAUUGGCGUUGCAGUCUGUUCGAAAAUGAUGUUUGGAACAGCCUCAGCGGAAUCUCGUGAAGCGAAGAAGAUUUUCAAAGGGGGAUUUGCGUCGGUUAAGCUGCCGUUGCAUAGUUCUGAGGAUGAGACGCAUGAUACCAAGAGGUUGCGGUUCAAGCUGCCUCAAGAGACUGCUAUUUCUGGACUCCCGUUGACUUCUGCUCUGUUGACGUUCACAUGGCCUGAGGGAUCUUGGCUUCCUACACCGAGACCUUACUCUCCCAUCUCACCCUCUGAUGAACCCGGCUAUAUAGAACUCAUGAUCAAGAAAUACCCCAACGGCAAAGGAAGCGGCUAUCUCCACUCCCUCAAACCAGGCGACCAACUCUUUAUCCUCACCACCCUCCCCGGCUACAAAUGGAAGCCCAACAACUUCUCGCACAUAACCCUCAUCGCCGGCGGCUGCGGCAUAACACCGAUCUAUCAACUGGCCCAAGGAAUUCUGCGUAACCCUGAAGACAAAACUCGCAUGACUCUUGUGUUUGGCGCAAACACGGAUGAAGAUGUUCUGUUGAAGAAGGAGCUUGAUGGUUUUGCCAAAGAGUUUCCAGAGAGGUUUAGUGUCAAGUAUACGGUUAGUAGACCGAAGGAGGGAUCGGAGAUGAGGAAGGGGAGGGUUGAUAGGGAGCUUUUGGAGGAGGUUGUGCCGAAGGGGACGGAGAAGGUCUUUGUUUGUGGACCGCCGGCUAUGGAGGAGGCGCUGGUUGGGAAGUGGGGAAAUGGUGUUUUGGGGGAGCUGGGUAUUGAGAAGGGGAAGAUUCACAAGUUUUAAAAAGGUGUUGUAGAGAAGAGAGUAUGACUGGUGAAGAUUGCAUGGGGUUGGGGAGAUGAACAGUUAUCCCACGCUGAUCAAGGUGUAUAUUAGGAGUUAGAACGCAUUGUACAAGCACUUCUCAUCUUCAUAUUCGUACUUGCACGAUCAAUUCUUUUGGAGAAAUGAGAUAGAACUUUGAGUACAUGGGAAGACCGUGAUGGCUCAAGUUCAACCAGAGGCAACGAUGAGGGUGAC